AUGCACGGCUACAUCGACUCAAUUCUGGUCCCUCUCCACCUCGGACCGAGCCGCGUGAUCGAACAAGCCACCACCUCCGCCUCCACCUCGUCCUCAGCUAAAGCCAAGGGCAAGGCCAAAGCCAGCCAUGCAACGAAGGAACAAGGUCGAUCUUCAGCGUCGGACAGAGCUAAACACGAUCUUGUGGGAUCAUGGACGAGUGCAGAAGCAAAGGAUAUGAGGGACAAGGUCGAGCUGGCCGCGACGCGUGCGUUGACUGCGCUGUGGAGCUCUGCACCCCGUUCCUGGUCACUUAGAACCUCAAACCAUCCCUUCCACAGUCGGUUACUCCACCAUAUGCCUCGUCAUAUCCAUCCCAACGACCACAGACCCCUCUUUACUCUCCUUCCCCACCCCACUUUACCCCGACUUGGACCCCCGAACAGCCCAGAUCUCCUCCUCUUCGACACCUUUGGUAGAAGACCAGAUCCUGCAGCUAUGGCGUAUCCAUAUCCGAGACUACGGCGACGAGCAAGUCAAGAGCGUUUCCCAUCGCGGACAAUUCGGCCUGGCAAGUGGUGGCCCCCCCUCCUCGGUUCUCCAAAGAACGAAAAAUCUGACCCUCCUUCUCCCUGCCCUACAGAGUCAAUCCACAUCCUCCCUCCUUCCCCCCUCGACAACCCUCCUUUCGAUCCAACCCACAACCCUCACCUCUUUCAGUCACGUGUCCCUCUCCCUCUCCGCCUCCUCCCCCUAUGCCCCCAGCUUGAUCACCCUCGAUCCCUCCCUAUCCCCUCGCCUACCCUUCCCGCUAAAACGAGGGCUGAUCCAUACCCUCCAACGCUCGGGAUUGAAAAUCGAGAUCGUCUAUCGUGGUAUCACAUGUGCUGACGAAGCGGGUGCAUCGAAUUAUGCGAGUAGUACGAGGAGAAGGAAUUGGAUCUCUGGAGCGAGGGAGAUCGUACGCGCGAUGGGUGGGGGAGGGGUGGUGUUGAGUAGUUGGGCGAAGGGGAAGGGGGAAAUGAGAGGGGUCAAGGAUAUGAUUAAUCUGUGAGUGGGAGUUGCGGAUGAGCUUGAAAAUUGGGGGAUGGGGAAUUAUUGGGAUGCUGAUGCCAACUGAAUUGUGAGCACAGAUGCUCGUUGAUCGGCUUGGAUCCCACUUCGGCGAAGGAGGCGAUCUCGAGUCAUCCUCAACGCGUGAUUCUCAAAGGCCGUGCGUGCACACCGCUUCAUUCUCGGAGAGGGUUACUUUCAGAUCUGAUGCAUCUUUGCUCUGUACUGCCGUAGUCGCAAUGCGUCAAACGUACAAAGGCGUCUUCAGCAACCCGAGCCUAAUCACCUCCACAACGACCACGACCACUACCCACACCGCCGCCGUAGCACCCAUCUCCUCCACCCAGCCCUCCUCAAUAACAUCACCGACAAACACCAUGAAUGAAAAGAAACGUCGCUUACCCUCCGAGCCUUCCGAACCUACACCAUCCACAACCGGACCCGCACCACCCGCUGCAGCAACCCCAACGUCCAGCACCAAACCUCACCCGCGCCGGCCCUCAAUUCAUGACAACGGUCUCGAAUUCGUCGGUGUCGAAGUGGAGGUGCAUGAGAUGGGUGCCGGUGGGGGAGGGGGUAAGAGGCCGAAGAUCAAGUAG